GAAGAGGGGCUGUCUCGAAAGAGCGUUUGUGUACAGAGAAUCGGGGAAAAUGGCUUCACGCCUGAGCCGGAUCUGGCCCACCCUGUCUCGGGUUCGGUUAAGCUCGGCUCUCGGGAGCCGCUGUGUCUCGCAGACGCCGAGCUCCAGGGCGUCUGGAGCGGCGGUGGCGUCUGAUCUGCAGCCCGUGUCUCCCGCUGCUCAGGACAGUCAUGGACACGCAGAGGUCAGCCCGUUUGAGAAGAAUCCAGAUUUCCAUGGCUUCCAUCAUUAUGACUCUUUUGUUGAUGAAUGGAACAUGAGGUUGGCAUUUUUCUUUGGCAUUUCUGUGGCCAUUGUUGUUGGAGGGACUUUCAUCCACUAUUUACCAGAUCAUGGUAUGAGGCAGUGGGCUCGCCGGGAAGCUGAAAGGUUGAUCAAACAGAGAGAAACCGAGGGUCUUCCCCUCAUGACUGACAAUUAUUACGAUCCCAGCACGAUUGUUCUGCCAUCCUCUGGAGAGGAAUAGACAACAUUCUGUCAAUAAUUAUCCUGUUAAUUUGUUUCGUUGUACAUUUGUCUCCCUUUGACUAUGAUGUAAUAAAAAUGUUAUAAUAUA